UUUGAAACAGGAACCAAAAAACCGGUUUGAUCGAAGCAUUCCAUGGCAGUAAACACAAACUUCACCUCCUCCUCUCCUCUUUGCAUCUAAUUUUUAUGAAGGACAGGUUUCCAAUCAUUUUUACUAACAAGUCAGCUUAACCAAUCACAGCGAAGAAUCAUUCCGGCCUCUACAGGUACUUUUUUUCAAUGUGGAUUCUAUGUUGACGUGUGGAGAUACCAAAAUCGGAGUGUUCGUCAAUUUACUGGUUCUGUUAUUAAUCUUGUCAUAGCUAUUUGUUAGUACUAUGUAAAUCGAUUACAAUUUUGUAAUUAAUGUAAAACGUUUGUAUUGAGGUGAGGGCAAUGAAAUAUGAUUUUUUAUGUUUACCACACCUGAAGAUUUAGAGUUUAGAUGACUGCUUCCGAAGUUCUGUGAGAAAUUUUGAGCAGGUAACAAAAAGGAAUCGAUAAAAAAUGAAAGAAUUGAAGCCCCUGCCGGAUCAUUUGGGUCCUACAACAAUAACUGCUGAUCAUGUCUUGGAGCUGAACAGCGUCUUUCACACUGGUCAAGUAGAACCGGGUUCUUGUUUCCAAAAACUUUCUGGCUCUGUUCCUACUGGCACUGUUCUGAAAGAUGUGUCUAUGGAAGUUCAUGCUGGAGAAGUCAUGGCUGUUCUUGGCUCAAAAGGCAGUGGAAAACGAGCUCUGCUUGAAGUAAUCGGACGCAGAGCCAUGGGACUUACCAGGGGGCAAAUAAUGUUGAAUGAAAUAUCCCUAAAUCUGCAAUUAUUUCAAGAACAAUGCGGAUUUGUGCCCAAGCAAGUGACACUUCUACCUGGGAUGACAGUCCGACAGACCCUUAUGUAUGCUGCUCAACUUACCAUAGGAACCAAAGUGUCGAAAUCUAUGAAGAGAAGCAGGGUGAAGCAAGUAAUGGCUGAUUUGGCACUGAAUCAGGUUUCCAAUCGUGAAGUCAGCUGUCUUAAACCUAGUGAAUAUCGUAGGUUAGCCAUUGGAAUAGAAUUGGUUAAAGAUCCAGUUAUGAUUCUUUUAGAUGAUCCGACGUACGAUCUAGAUCCCUUGAACACAUAUUUCGUCAUCUCUAUUUUAUCAAACCAUGCCAAAAAAUAUAAUCGCAUCGUCAUUUUGAGUAUGGAAAAGCCAAGAUCUGAUAUAUUUCCCUUCCUUGAUAGAGUGACGUAUUUAAGUUUAGGAGAAGUAGUAUAUACAGGUAGCACUAGGAUGCUUUUGGAUUAUUUCGGUAGCAUUGGUUUCCCAUGUCCAGAACUAGAAAAUCCCCUAAUGUAUUAUUUGUGUUUAUCAACCGUAGACAGAAGGACAAGGGAGCGUUUUAUAGAAUCUAGUACUCAAAUAUCAGCUUUGGUUGAAAAAUUUAAAAUGGAAGGUGGACAUUACCGAAAAUUUUAUGCACCACAAAAUGAUGCACUGGAAUCAAAAGAUGCUCGAUAUAAACUUCCCCUUACAGCUUAUGGUCAACCAUCUAGUUGGCAAGUGUUCUGCAACUUAGUAUGUCGGAGGUUCCGUAUUUUAUUUAACUGCAAUUCAAGAGCUUUGAGAGAAGUGUUUUUGAGGAUUCUCCUGAUUCCACUCUUUUUUACACUCCUUCUCCUUUUCUACUUUCAAAUCAGCGACUUUCAGCACAGCUUCCUCACUCGAAACGGUCUCAUUCUUAAUUCUCUGGUGGGAGUAUCAUUUCUAUCUGCCGCUAUCACAGCUAUAACACAUGCCCCUCAUCGCAAUCGCUACUAUCAAGAGAGCAGAGAAGGAAUCUACAAAGGUCCACUUUUUGUUCUGUCCAGUAUAUUUUACAGUUUACCUCUCAGCAUAAUUACUGUAACUGCUGGAGCAACCAUAAUUUAUGCAGGUGGAAAUUUGAGAGAAGAAUGGGAGAGAUGGAUAACUUUUUGUGCCGUUCUUUGGACUGUCUAUAUUUUCGCUGAGCAACAAACUGUAUCUUUGAUGAUAAUAAUUAAGUCUUCAUACACAUCAUUCAUCACAAGCAUUUAUAUACUUAUUAUUUAUAUCACAUUUGCAAGUGGAACUGUUAGGAGUCUAACUGCACUUCCAGAGUGGUUUUACUACCUGACUUAUGGUGUCCUUUACCGUUAUGCAGGAGCGUUUUUGCAAGAAAACGAGUUCUCUUUCAACCCGAGGUUGGAUCGCGCGAACUAUUUAAAUGGAACCGAAGCAUUGCCGUGCAACAGCAACAUUCCCGGUAGCUGUAUUUACAUUGAUGGAAACCAUUACUUACUUCAAAAAUAUCCAGCAAGUGGUAGAAUUGAAGAUUCAGACUUGCAGUACUGGAUGAACUUUGGUCUGUGCUUCGUUUUUGUGGGUGGUAUGUGGGUUUUAAACACAAUACUUCAUCUAGUGCCUCUGCCAGCUUUUAUUAAAACCAAAUUCAGAAAUUAAUUGUCCUAACUUUUCACUCCAGCAGCUUGCUCAUAGAAAUAUUCUGUGUCAAAGAACAACUUGGCACAAAACAAUGUGAAACUACUUGUGCAAAUCAGUAAUGUGAACUGUUGAUCUCUGAUUCCAAGACAAUUACCAUACUGAAGUUUGAGGUACUAAGGAAUCGAGAUUAAAGCAAAAGUGAAUCAAGUUUUCUAUUUAAAAUUAACGUCUACACUUUAUUUAAAUUUUCGUUGAAUGAGAUUUUAAUUUUGUGUAUACUUUUUAAUAUGCAUAAUGUAAGGAGAAUAUUUUAUUUACCAGUAUGUAGAUAUUUUUGAUCCGUAUACAAGAUACUGUUCACAAAAAUGACUUAAUUGUAAACAUUUUAGAAAAUGAAUGUGUUUUGAUAAGAUUUUACAAUAAAAUUGUGUUUUUCUAAUAUUAAUAAAUACAUUUUUAACUAA